AUGCCUUAUACCCCUCAAGCUACUGCAGCCUUUGCCAUUGCCAUCACCUUCAUGAUGAUCCUGACCAUUGUUGGGAACAUCCUGGUCAUCAUUGCUGUGUUGACGUCACGAUCCCUGAAGGGGGCCCAGAAUCUGUUCCUGGUGUCUCUGGCUGCAGCGGAUAUUUUAGUUGCCACAUUUAUUAUUCCCUUCUCAUUGGCAUAUGAAUUGCAGGGCUACUGGGCAUUCAGUACCAUUUGGUGUGAAAUCUACCGGGCACUGGAUGUACUAUUCUGCACCUCCUCCAUUGUGCACCUUUGUGCCAUAGCAUUAGACCGCUACCUGUCAAUCUCCCAGCCCGUGUCUUACAGCAUCAAGCGUACUCCAUUACGUAUCAAAGCAGCCAUUGUUGUGGUCUGGCUGAUUUCUGCAGUCAUCUCCUUCCCACCUCUUCUCACCCUUGACAAGAGUGAAGGAGGUGAAGAGGUGUGCAAGCUAAACAAUGAGCGCUGGUAUAUCCUCUACUCUACCAUUGGCUCAUUCUUCGCCCCUUGCGUGAUAAUGAUUCUAGUGUAUGUGAGGAUUUAUCAGAUUGCUAAGCAGCACACACGCUGCCCACCUGGACAAAACUGCAAAGCCGUGACAGGAGGAAAUCCCGGUGUACCAGCUAAUGAACCUGCUGUGAAGUUAUCUGAGCCAUCACAACAGAACAUGGAUCAAGGAGCUACGACUGCCAGCCAACAAGAAAAGAGUUUCACAACAAAUCAAAAAAUCUCCAACAGCGCCGCACUAUACAAAAAUACUAUGGUCACAUCAUCUGGCACCAAACUGGUAUCUGAAGAAACACCAAAGCCUCAGGGGACACCCACAUCGCGCCGUAAGGCUAUGCUGAACAGGGAGAAGAGGUUCACCUUUGUCCUGGCUGUAGUGAUGGGAGUGUUUGUGAUCUGCUGGUUCCCCUUCUUCUUCUCUUACUCUCUUCAGGCGGUGUGCCCCAAAAUUUGCAGUAUCCCUGACUCCUUGUUUAUAUUCUUCUUUUGGAUUGGCUACUGCAACUCCUGCCUGAACCCGGUCAUAUACACCAUCUUCAACAAGGACUUUAGGAAGGCCUUCAAGAAGAUACUGUGCAGGGACACAAAGGGUACGUUUUUCUAG